AUGGCGCAGCAGGAUAUCAAUGAGUUCAAGAAGUGAGUUCGCUCACAUUUCGACGUGCACGGCAGCUCACAAACAAAUAGGUCUCUCGUCCACGACGAGCUCAUCACCAUCUGCAUGGCGAACAACCGCAACAAGCCCAUCAAGGUCUCUCGCGCUUUGCUCACUGCUGCCUCGCCAUGGUUCCAGUCUGCUCUCGACAAGAAGUUCAAAGAAGGCGAGGAGCGCGUCCUCCGCUUUCCAGACGCCGAGUGUGACACCGUCACCGAGUUCCUCUUCUGGCUUUUCAACGCCAGACAGCUCAGCGACUCCUUUGCCGAUCAGGUUGGCAGUGCCACUGCCGUGUCCAAUGCCCAGUUGCGAGACGUCCAGCUCUGGAUCUUCGCCGACAUGCACUGCUUGCCCGACCUCUGCGGUGCGGCAAUGAGGGAUCUACAUUGCAAGCUGAGCAUUCAGUGGCCAAGCACCGAAGUCGUGCGCACUGCAUUUGAGGGCACGGCCGCCGACUCGCCACUGCGUCGCGUGAUUCUGAAGGAGGUUGUGUUCGGUAUGAGAAGCCGGGCCAAGGGCGAUGUUUCGGCUGGCUUCAGCUUGGGGGAGCUGGAGAAGUUGAUGGAUUUGCCAGGCUUUGCGGUUGCGUUGAUGAAGGAGCUAGGCAAGUGCCUGGUCGAGCUCUCCUGGCAGGACAUUUCUGAGAUCGACUAG